AUGGGCUCGCAAAACGCCCUCUUAAUCCUCUACUCUGAACAAGGAAAAUGGCGGGAACUAACGGCCUUUUACCACCAAAUCAGAAAACAAGGCUUUCAGCCAAACUCCUUCACCUUCUCAUCUCUCCUCAAAUGCCUUUCCUCUUCCCAAUCUCCUCUCCUUCAUGCCCAGCCCCUCCAUGCCGACGCCGCCAAGCGCGGCUUCGUCUCCUCCGACCCCUUUGUGACCAACGACCUUCUCACGGUAUAUUCCCGAUGCGGCUCACCGCAAAGUGCUCGCAAAAUGUUUGAUGAAAUUCCUGUUCCAGGCCCAUUCUGUUGGAACACCAUGAUAUCUUGCUACUUCCGGGAAUCCCAUUGUGGGGCUGCUCGGGAGCUGUUUGAUCGAAUGCGUGAAGCCCAUUUGGCUAAUGAUGUUACUUGGUCUGCGGUGAUAGCGGGGUAUGCUCAGAAUAGCAGGCCUAGGAUGCAUUGUUUGUAUUCAAGGAGAUGA